AUGUCUCCUGAUAUCAUACGUAUGGCACGGUUUAGUGCAUUGUCUGCUAGUUGUAGUCAGAUGUGUUACUUUGGUUCAAGAACAACACAAGGCUUCGAAGAAUUGAAGGUUGAAAUAGCAAGGUUGACACGCCGCAUGGAAGAACUUUAUAAUUCAAGUAAAGAAGCUGUUGAAGAUGGGAUACGCACUGCGUCCAAUAAAGCAAACUUAAAUGUUCGUGAUCCAGCCAUUGUCAAGACUAAAGGCGACCAUGGUAGCACGAGCAACAGCCACAGCCAUGCGAAAGUUAGGCGAUGCAGCAGUUGUAAAGAUGUUGGACACACAAGGCGCUCAUGUCCAUCUACACAUAUUCAACAAGGUGAACAUGUUGAUGGUGACAACGUCACUGAAUCCAUGGAACAUCCAGCUUCAGGGAAACCGGAGGAAGCAAUACGGUUCUUUGAAGAGAUGCUGGAUUAUGGAUGCAAACCUAAUUGUGCUAUUUACAAUGUUCUUAUAAAUGGAUUUGGGAAGACUGGUGACUUGGAAACUGCCUGUAAGUUGUUCAAAAGGAUGAUCAAAGAAGGUAUAAGACCAGACUUGAAGUCUUACACUAUUCUUGUGGAUUGCCUGUGCAUGGCACGGAGAGUUGAUGAUGCCUUGCAUUACUUUGAGGAACUAAAGUUUUCUGGCAUUGAUCCUGACUUGGUCUCUUACAAUCUUAUAAUUGAUGGACUUGGAAGAUCACAGAGGUUAGAGGAAGCUCUCUCUCUUUUCAAUGGAAUGCGAAAUAAGGGCAUUACUCCUGAUCUUUACACUUAUAAUUCAUUAAUCUUCAAUCUUGGGAUUGUUGGAAUGGUGGAGCAAGCUGGGAAUAUGUAUGAAGAACUACAACUUAUAGGUCUUGAACCUGAUGUGUUCACCCAUAAUGCUCUCAUUCGAGGAUACUGUACGUCAGGAAACCCAGACCAUGCCUAUGCAGUCUACAAGAAAAUGAUGGUUCGGGGCUGCAGCCCUAACAAGGGAACAUUUGCACAGCUUCCUAAUCAGUCUUGA